AUGUCUUCCUCCACCUCCGUCAGCUCGGUCGACCCUUACAAGGCCAAGAAUAUUGAACCGAACGUACAACUCAAAGACAAAAUCGAGGAUCUUGUCAAGUUCAUUAAAGAUACCAAAUAUGGUAUGCUGACCACCAUGGCAUCGGACAGUGAGCUGCUCACGUCGCGGGCGAUGGCGCUGGCCGGAACGGAAAAUGGCGGAGCUGAUCUCAUCUUCCACACAAACCUUCUCUCAGGAAAAACAAUGGAUCUCACCGUGCACCCCAAGGAAACAAACAUGUCGUUCCUCGACGUCCUAAGCGGCGGAUGGGCAUCCAUCUCCGGAACAGCUACCAUUUUGGCAGGCAGAGAGAUCAUUGAAAAAUUCUAUUCUCCGGCUCUGAAAGUAUGGCUGGGUGAUUUGGGCGACGGCGUCCACGACGGCAGCCCUUCCGAUCCUCGAAUCGGCGUGAUCAAGGUUGAAGCUAAAUCGGUAGUCCAUGUGUUGCCACGCAAAGGCUUGGUCGGAAGGGCAGUGGAUGCCGGCAAGGCGAUUGCAAAGGGGGAUGUCCCUCCGAUUAAUAAGAUUCGAGAGCUAAGCACUGAGGAGCUCGCCAAUUGGCGGCAAAGCCAUAAGGAAUAA